AUGCCUAAAAAACAGGCCACGAAGCAGGAUGGGCCGUCUGCCGCUGCGGCGAGCGACCCGCGCUUUGCCAGCUUCGAGACGAACCCGCGAUUUCGACUGCCCUCCAAGGGUCGAAGCAAGACCAAGAUCGACAAGCGCUUCGCCCACAUGCUGAAAGACAAAGACUUCAUCGCGAGCGCAAAAGUUGACAAGUACGGCCGCAAGCUGAAAUCCGACAACAAGCGAAAGGCCCUGCAGAACAUUUACGAACCAGAAGACGACGAGGGUGCAGAAGUCGAGGAUGACGACGUGGUCCAACAGGAACUCGAAAACGCCGAUACUAGACACGAUCCAGCCCGUGGCGGAGGCUUUUCUUCUUCCGAAUCAGAAUCCGACUCGGACGAGGAAGAUGGCGACGGCGACGAGGGUGGAGGCCCAGAAGUGGCUGCAUCUGGAAGCAUGCAGAAAUUGCGCGAUGAGGAAGCCAACGUCGAAACGGGAGAAGUCACGAAGCGGAUAGCCAUUGUUAACUUGGAUUGGGACCAUAUCAAGUCGGCAGACUUAAUGGCCCUCUUCUCCAGUUUCGUCCCUAAAGGUGGACGCAUCGAACGGGUAUCCGUCUACCCUAGCGAAUUUGGCAAGGAGCGGAUGCAGCGAGAAGAACUGGAGGGUCCCCCGAGAGAGAUUUUCAAGAAGAGCGCAAAAGAUGAUGCCGAAGAGUCUGAGCCCGAUUCCGAGGAUGAUAGUGGCGUCGAAGACGAAGACGAGGAUGACGAGGACGAGGACGAGGAUGAGCAAAUAAAGAAGGAUCUGCUACAAGAAGGGGACGACCAAGACUUCGACAGUGACGCUCUGCGCUCCUAUCAGCUGGAUCGCUUGCGGUACUAUUACGCGGUAAUGGUCUGUUCUGAUACUGCUACAGCUGCGAAGGUCUACCAGUCGACUGACGGCACCGAAUACCAAACAUCUUCCAACUUUAUCGACCUACGAUUUGUCCCCGAUAAUGUCACAUUCGAUGAUGAACCGAGAGACGAAUGCGACUCGCUAUCGGCGGACUACAAACCAACCGAGUUUGUCACUGAUGCGCUACAACAUUCCAAAGUGAAGCUCACGUGGGAUAUGCACCCUGACGAAGUUGCACGGCGGGAGAACAUCCAGCGAGCUUUUACUGGCAGUCGGCAACAGCUAGAGGAGAAUGACAUGCGCGCUUACCUUGCUAGCGAUAGCGAGGAUGACAUCGGCCCUGAAGAGGACGAGGGCGAGGAGGCCGAUGUCGCUGAUGACCAGCCAAAAUUGACGAAGAAGGAGCUGAAGGCCCAAAAGCUCCGUGAAGCUCUUGGACUAGGCUCUGCACCAGUCAAGAAGACAUCCGAAAAAGCUGGUCCCGUUGGGGACAUGCUAAUAACGUUCUCGGCUGCGCUGAUGGACGAUAGUGACAAGAAGAAGAAGAAGGAACCAGAGACGGAGGAGACAACUAUUGAGAAAUAUAAGCGCAAAGAGCGCGAACGAAAGGAGCGAAAGAAGGAGAUCGCAGUGGCGAAGCGGGGCGGUGUCUCGGAUGAAGUCCCCGGUGAUGAACCUGCUGAAGCUGGGGAAGACGACCUCGGCUUCGACGAUCCCUUCUUCACGACAGAGGAGGCGGCCAAGCCCUCCAAGACGUCUGAAAGAAAAGAGGAACGUCGUAAGAGAAGGGACGCAAAGAACGCCGAAGCCGCCGAAAAGGCCGCCGAGAAGGCCCACCUCGAGAAGAUCAUGGCCGACGACUCCGAAGAUGGUGCUGUCGAGCACCUGGACCAUUUCGACAUGAACGAGAUCUCCCGGGCCGAGAAGAAGAAGUCCAAGAAGUACAAGAAGAAGGGCAAGAAAGACGUCGUCCAGGAUCAUGGCGGCCUGCAGGAGGGCUUCGCGAUGGACGUUGACGACAACCGCUUCAAGGCAGUCUUCGAGAGCCACGAGUUUGCCAUUGAUCCGUCGAACCCGAAAUACAAGGCCACGCCGGGUAUGAAGGUACUGUUGGAAGAAGGACGGAAGAAAAGGAAGAACGAUCCGGAGGAUGCUGUCGAACCAAGUCGGGACGGUGGUAAAGCCAAGAAGCAGAAGACCAAGCCUAACGACGACCUGACCAGCCUUGUCGAGUCGGUGAGGAGGAAAGCUCGUUCGAAGGCGUAG